CCAGCAGGAACAACAACUUCCAUGGAGACCAAGGACGCCUGAGAGGUUUCAAGUGGCUGAGUGCAAGAUGUGGAGACGAGGCGGCAGAAGUGAGGCCCUGGAGCGUGCUCAGGCACUUCUGUGGGCUAAAAGCAGCCGAGCAGCGGACAUGAACAGCCAUCAGGCCAUGUCAGACUUGAGCGAUGUGUCCCAGGUGAGUUCCCCAUCAGAAGUCUGUGGAGCUGCUCGGCCUGAGAUGACCCAGGAAGUAGAGGCUCCCCGACCUCAGAGCCCUGUGGGGGGAGGCAGCAGGUUCUUGAAGAGGCCGCCUCCUCCCCCCAGCAGCCAAUCACCUGUGAGGCAGCAGUCACAUGAUGACAGGUUGUUGUCCUCCAAGUCACAGACGUCCGCUUUAAGGAAGCUCGCUCAGAUCGAGAGUCAGUUCUACAGCCGUCUACAAGAGCCAGAACCCCUGGACCAGAUCCAUAGUCCAAGUUCUGAUGUGGACCUUUCCUCGCCCUCCGAUGGCCAAGAGGUAGCUCCUGUGUCCUCCGGGUCACCGCCCAGCAGUCAAGGCGAAGUGCAGUUCCUCAAGAAAAGACCACCAGAGGACCCGCGUGAAGGUGGUGGAUCCACACCCACAGAGAUCUCGCCUCAGACUGAGAAAAGUGAUGAGCAUGUGGAGGACUGUCCACCAGACGAGAAGUGGAUCAGCUCUUCCUUCAGGAGCGGAGCAGGCCUGACCCUGACCAGAGGAGACCUGAGGUCUGUCUCCCCGUCUCCUCCCCACUCUGGAGGCAGUCCAUCAUCCAGCUCUCCUCCUCUGAGAAGACCAACAUUGGAGGUCCGCCUCCUCCCCUCCCCGAGUCCAAGACGCUCUGACUCCUCCAGGUCGGCUCCGGAGGAGAUCCUCUCCCUGGAAGAACUCUUUCCCGUUGGGUCCAAGGCGGACGUCCCCCCCAGUGAGGCCAGCUCGGUCUCGUCCCAAUCCGACUUUGAGAUCAAUGUGAUGACAUUAGAUGACCUUGAGCCGGCCACUGAAGGCACAGCAGGAGCCCAGGCGGAGGGCGAGCAUGCGGGCCCGCUUCCUACUUCGCCGAGCGGCCGGCGAGCGGCGGACUACGAAAGCGACUUUGAGAGCGCCAGCAGAAAGGAGGCGGGCGAUGACGUCAUCAGUAGCCAGGUGUCAGAGCACCUGUCAAUAGGCGAGGAGGUGGAGGACUGUUUAGACGCGUCCUGGGUGAGGACGGAAGACUUCUCCAGCACCUUUUCAGACUCCACAAACUCCCGCACCUUGCGGACGUCAGGUACCAGUCAGAGGUUUCCCAGCAGGUCCUCGUCGUCGCCUAGCAACCACUUCAAAGAUGUGGCGGCACAGACCGACGCACACACUCUCUGGUUCCCAGGACCUGCGGUGGGCGUGGCUUACUCCUCCCCCUCCAUGGCUCCUCCAGAAGGCCUCGGAGGCGUCCGGCCCGACGUGUUGACGCUCAACAACAUGCUGAGACAGCAGCUCGCCACGACGCGACGCUUCAUCGAAAGCAGCCGGCAUCAGCACGCCAGCCUGCUGCAGAGCCUCGGACCGCCCAGCUACAGAUACGCCACUUUGGAGGACACCGUGCAGUACAUCCGUGACCACACACAGCCUAAGUGACAGUGGAAGUCUCUCAGGGGACGUUUGACACGUCUUCUUGGAUGUAAAAUCAGGCCAUGGAAAGGACAGAACUGAAGGACACAUCUGACGGAGCCAUACUUGCCAACCCUCCCGGAUUUUCCGGGAGACUCCCGAAAUUCAGCGCCUCUCCCGAAAACCUCCCGGGACGAAUUUUCUCCCGAAAAACUCCCGAAAUUCAGGCGGACCUGAGUGACGUGUUGACAACACACAACAACAGUGUCUACCGUAAAGCAGUUGGUCUGCCGUAAACAGCAAUGUUGUGACACUUUUAAACAGGACAAUACUGCCAUCUACUGUACAUGCAUAUGUGACCCACCCAUAAUGUGUCACAUUUUUGUGUUGAUUUAUUUUAUUUUGUGGUUUGAAUUCGUUUUUGGA